AUGGAAACACUGACUUUGAGUAUAUUGCUGUUCGAGUCUCUAAGAGCUGCAACGAUACACCUUAAUCAGCUCACAACUUUCUGAGGAAGAAGAAAUAUUCUGAUGAAGAAAAAAACGUAUUUCAUAAAUACUGCUGAGGUUUCACUGAUACAAAUGAGCAAGUAUCCCAAGGUCCAAGUGGUUUGCUUCUCAGUUUGAGGUUAUUUCUGAAUGUUGUAUUUCUUGGAGCUGUGAUCACCUUAAUUCAGCAAUGUAAGUGACCAAGUGAAAUGUUUUGCUUUAAUUCCUGUGAAAUGGACAGAUAUUUAUCCUUAACUUAAACAAGUUUUGCAAACAAACUAUUUUGAUAAGGUAACAAGACCACUCAUGCUUUCUACUAUUGUUUUCUGAGGACUAUGGGAGGGAGUCACUGUCAUUUUGGGUCUGUGGAUCUGCAGAAGGUCGGUGGCUUCCAGAGGACCAUUGCGUGUUUGGGCUGUAUGAAGAGGGCUGGAGUCUUCCUCACUGUCCGGUCCCCCACUCUGAGAGUCCCUACUAUUCCUUUCCAAAACUGAACAAACCACCAAGGUUUCUAGCCAGAGAAUCCAUCCAUCAGUUUGGAAAAACUCUUUAAGCAAUGAAAAAGGAGUUACUCAGGUAGAUGGUACAACUGGAACCCCUGCUGUCUCCUCCUCGUCCUCACAGCCAGUCUUCACCUCCUGAUGCCCUGAUUUGCUUACCUUAAGUCUCAUCCAGUCCCCCCUGGCAUGUACAAUGGGAAUGUGAAAUGGACUUCAGGGAUGGGUGAGAUAGGAGGCUGGAAGAUGGUACACAUAGUUGGAAAAGACCUCUCUAAACAUAAAUAAAAAUGUGUGCCUCUAAGUUUAUAAAAGUGUCCUUUGCAUUGUACACAGAAAAUGUGCACAAGCACUGGGUCACUGACAGCACUGAUCAUGUACGUACAGAACUUAGCUAUCCAUCCCAGAUGUGUGCCACUAUCCCUGAGCAUCUAAAGUUAGAGAUCAGAGAGAAAUAGUUGCAGUUGCCCUGGUAAAACAAGUUGAACAGUUUUUAGGUUGCCAUCAACAAACAUCCAAAUAUUGAUCAAGGAGUGUAAUUUUAGUUUCUGCCUUUAGAAUACCUUGGCCUGGUAGUUCCAAUGUUCAGCCUACUUCUGGACAUCAAAACCACUUUGCACAUCAAAAUAAUUUGAGAACACAGGAAAAAAAUGAGAAUUCGGAAGCCUUUCUGGGCAGAAGUACCCUGCGGACUCAGCUGUUCUCCCUUUCUCUGGAUGACAUUCCUGCUGUCUUGCAUCAACCCAUCCUUUUCUGAAAUAAGCUCAAUAGCAAUUUCAGGAACUGGAAAACCAAAUGAACAAUCAUUUUAGUUGAAAGACAACUGUUGCAUGCCAUGUUGUCAAAAGCAUGAUCAUAAUGGACUCUACACUAUCUUUGUGAAGUCAGUCACCUUGUGUUUGUUUAAUGUAUAUGAUUUACAUGCUUAGUUCUCCACCUACCAUUUACAGGAAGGACAGACAAGAGAUCUGAGUUUCUGCUUAUAACUGCUAUUAUCAUCCAUGCAAAAAUACUACGAGGUUUCUGUACAGUUCACUUGUGAGCUUUACAUUAAAAUGUUGGAGAUUUUUGUCCAGGUGACUUGCUAUCAAAUGUCAUGCAGAAGCCCAGAGAAAAUCUUUCUGAAAGUGGCAGUAUUUUUGAGGAAGAUCUUAAUGACAACAACUUACUGACUACAUUGAAAGAAAGCUUGUUCAUGCAUGCAAAUGACUCCAGAUGUGAACUCUGUCCUACUGGCUGGAAGCUGCAUUAUGGGAGAUGUUAUUACUACUCAGAAACUUGUGACACCUGGCAGAAUAGUAGAAAGUAUUGCUAAGAAAAAAAAUCCGAGCUCCUGAUUAUAGAGAAUGAGACUGAAAUGGAGUUCUUAAACAAACUGAAGGAUAACAACAUUGGCUUUCUUUGGAUUGGAUUAAGCUUUGAUGAGGAGAAAGGAAGAUGAGUAUGGCUCAACAAUCCCAAAUAUACAGGGCACAGUUUUACAAUAAAAGGAAGGACGAAAGAAGAAAAAUGUGCUGCCUAUAAGUUGACAGAAAUACAUGCUGAUAGCUACCAGUCCACAUACAAGUGGAUUUGCAAGAAGCGUGCAGUCCAUCUGAGUAUCUAAGAUAUUGUAAAGUAA